AUGAGGCCUCGGGACGAGUCGGUGGUGCAGGAUCCUCAAAAUACCAGGGACCUUCCCACACCCUCUAGAUCUGUGCUGUGGACCCUCCCACCCACCCCACCCCCCCGGCAUCCUCAAUACCAGGGACCCUCCCACAUCCCCGGGACUCUAUACCGGGGACCCUCCGUGGGUCGCUGGACCAUCAAUAGUAGAGACCCUUCCCGAGACCCAGGAUCCUCGAUUCCGUGGACCCCCAGCCCUCGAUCCUCAAUACAAGGGACUCUCCCACCCCUGAAACCCUCCCACAGCCCCAGGGCCCUCAAUAUACCAAGGACUCUCUCACAGCCUCCGACCCUCCUACAAUUCGAGGACACUCCCACAGCCCUUGGGGAUCUUCACUAUCAGGGACCCUCCUAUUCCCGGUCCCUCAACACAGGGGACUCACAGAUCCUUUACUUGACUUUCACAGACAUGGCCGUGUAUUUUGGAGAUGUCAUGUGGGAAAGCUACCGGAACCUCAUCUCCUUGGGAUUUCCAAUCCCCAAACCAGAAUUGAUCACUCACCUGGAGCAAGGGGCUGAGCCAUGGGGUCCAGGGUCUCAGGAGUCUGAAGAAAAGGGAGUCCUGAAAGAUCUCUACCCAGGCAUGAGGACCAAGGAAGAAGAGGAGACAGAAUCAGUCCCUGACCCUCCCUCUGCCUUGGAGGGUUCCCCACCACCAGCCACACCGUGUGGCCCAGCCCUGCCCCCACCCCCAGCAUCCCCACCCCCACCCCCAAAGCCCUUUUCCUGCCCUGAAUGUGGUUCCUGCUUCUCAAGACGCUCCCACCUCUCACGCCAUAGGCUGAUCCACUCUGGCGAGCGCCCCUUCCCUUGCCCUGAAUGUGGCAAGUGCUUUGCCCAGGGUGCCCACCUUGCCUUGCAUCUGCGUUCCCACACAGGCGACCGACCCUAUUCUUGCGGUCAGUGUGGCCGAAGCUUUCGCCAUGGCUCCCACCUGGCCCGGCACCGACGUACACAUCUGCCUGAGCCCCCCUACCGAUGUGGCCAGUGUGGCAAGGGUUUCUCCCAGAGUUCUGGGCUCCUGCAGCACGCCACUGUCCACACAGGCGAGCGUCCCUAUAUCUGUGCUGUUUGUGGCAGAGGCUUUGGCCGCCACCCCAGUCUCAUCCGACACCAGAAGUCUCAUUCAGGUGAACGCCCCUUCCCCUGUCCUGAAUGUGGCAAGCGCUUUACUCAGAGCGCCAAUCUUGCCCGCCACCUUCGGACACACACUGGAGAGACACCAUACCUGUGUGGGGAGUGUGGACGUGGCUUUAGCCAGCACCCUCGCCUCGUGGCACACCGAAAAGCCCAUCACACAGGACCCCCACCCCCACCUCCUCCUGUCCACUCCUGUGCUGACUGUGGGCUACUGUUCCCUCAGGCUCUGGCACUGGCCCGUCACCGGGCAGCCCAGCAUGGUGGUGAGAAGCCAUUCCGCUGCACCCAGUGUGGGGAGGGUUUUGGCCACCGCUCGAACCUGCGACGCCACCAGCGUGGUCAUGGUGGGGAGCGACCAUACCGCUGCAGUCAGUGUGGCAAAGGCUUUGGUCAAAGCUCAGGGCUGGUCCAGCACCAGCGUGUUCACACUGGUGAGAAGCCCUUCCGCUGUCCAGACUGUGGGCGUGGAUUCCGCUAUAGCUCCAACCUGGCACAACAUUACCGUGGCCACACUGGGGACCGGCCCUUCCGCUGUGAGCACUGUGGUCGUGGCUUUACCCGUAGUUCUCACCUGCUGCGGCACCGUGCUACACAUGGUGGGGAGGAUGGAGGUGAGGACUGUGGGCCUGGAGGGGUCCCUGUGCUGACAAUUAAGGCAACAUCCCUAAGUCAGGAAUCCCCCAAGGAAUCUGGAGAGACUGCCCAAGUGAUCGAACCCCUAUCUCAGCCAGAGUGA